CACGGACAUAGUUGUAAAAUAAGUGUCUUUGAAUUUGUACUUAGUAUCUAUUGAAUACUUUCAAAUAAAUCUAAUAACUUUAUCACCAAAAAACAUAGGGUGAAUGACUGCAUAUCGGUUCUCAGUCAAAGUCCUAAUCGAUAUGAGUUUGUAUUACUUUCGCAAUUUGACACGGAGUACUCCGUCUGUUGUCAGGGGAUGUCAAUGAAGUUCCCCAUUUUGUAUCCCUGUAGGUUGAGCCCGUUCGUGUAGCCGUAGCUCUGUUGUCAACACGUGUCCAGUGUUUGAGCGUGGAGAUACACGCUGUGUGAAGUAGACAAGCACCGGAGGCGCAGGAAUUUAAGAAUGAGCGAGUUCGAAGAAUCUGGCAUCGGAGAAGAGUGCGGCGUUUUCGGCUGUGUUGCAGCAGGAGAAUGGCCAACACAACUAGAAGUUGCCCAAGUGUUAACUUUGGGACUUGUAGCGCUACAACAUAGGGGUCAGGAAAGUGCUGGAAUCGUCACAAGUAAUGGAGUCAACCCACCAACGUACAACACCCUCAAGGGGAUGGGGUUAGUGAACAAUGCCUUUCCACCUGAGGACCUUCUGAAGCUGCGCUAUGGUAACCUGGGCAUCGGGCACACACGCUACUCCACCACGGGCAUCUCUGAGCUGCAGAACUGCCAGCCCUUUGUGGUGGACACACUGCACGGCAAGAUAGCUGUGGCACACAAUGGGGAGCUGGUCAAUGCAGCCGCACUGCGUAAAAAGGUGAUGCGUCACGGCGUGGGUCUCUCCACCAGCUCAGACAGUGAGCUCAUCACCCAGCUGCUGGCUCUGACUCCGCCCAUGGAGGAACUGGAUGCCCCUGACUGGGUGGCCAGGAUAAAGAACCUGAUGCAUGAGACCCCUACAUCCUACUCACUGCUGGUGAUGUACACAGAUGUGAUCUAUGCUAUCCGUGACCCGUACGGAAACAGACCGCUCAGCAUCGGACGCCUCGUCCCCAUUUCCAAACUCCACACUGCAGGUGCUGGCGAGGGAGACACAGAGGGCUGGGUGGUGUCAUCAGAGUCCUGCAGCUUCCAGUCAAUCGGUGCUAAAUACUACAGAGAGGUGAUGCCUGGAGAGAUAGUCCAGAUCUCCAAACACGGUGUGAAGUCCCUAAGCAUCGUCCCUCGCCCCGAGGGAGACCUCCCUGCCUUUUGCAUCUUUGAAUAUGUUUACUUUGCCAGACCAGACUCCAUAUUUGAAGGUCAGAUGGUGUACACAGUCAGGCAGCGCUGUGGACGGCAACUAGCCAUUGAGGCCCCUACAGAGGCAGACGUGGUCAGCACUGUGCCUGAGUCUGCUACUCCUGCUGCACUGGGAUACGCGGAACAGUCGGGACUGCCGUACGUAGAGGUUCUGUGUAAGAAUCGCUAUGUUGGGAGGACAUUUAUUCAACCAAACACACGCCUCAGGCAGUUGGGGGUGGCCAAGAAGUUUGGUGCGCUGACAGACAACUUUGCAGGCAAGCGGGUGGUGCUUGUUGAUGAUUCCAUCGUCAGGGGCAACACCAUCGCCCCCAUAAUCAAGCUGUUGAAGGAAGCAGGAGCCACAGAGGUCCACAUCCGCGUUGCCUCCCCACCCAUCAGGUUCCCCUGCUACAUGGGCAUCAACAUCCCCACAAAAGAGGAGCUCAUUGCUAACAGGCCAGAGUUUAAGGACAUUGCUGGCUAUAUUGGUGCCACCAGCGUGCAGUAUCUGUCAGUGGAGGGCCUGGUGUCAGCGGUGCAGGGGGGAAUCCCCACCCUCCAGAAGGAUGAGCGGAUCAGCACCAACACCAAGGCCAGCAGGAUAGUGGGCCACUGCACCGCCUGCCUCACAGGCAAAUACCCUGUGGAACUGGAGUGGUGACCGCUGACCCCAACCUCAAACCACAACCACUAUCUUGACCACACUACUGCUGUUAUUGUACUUAACCUAAUGUCUAAAGUGUGAACCUUAACCCUACUCUAACCAAGGAAGUGCCUCUUGGAGCCUACUUGGUCACAGUAUGGGUGCCUGGGGCACGGCCUCACCUUGACAAGUAAACACAGAAUUGCUGUAGCUACUAAAUUGUUCCUGAAAGCUGUUACUGUUUGAGUGGUGCCUGGCCUGCUUUGGUCUGAAACCUUUGGGCCUUGAUGCUUCCACUCUGGCAACACAAUAACCUUAUGCAGGUCAAUGUAUUACAUUUCAACCCAGCCUUUUCAUUCCACAUAAUAUUCCAUUGUUAUUAAAAACUAGCAUUCUGA